CACAGAUAACACAUUUGGUGACUAAGGAUGGGCGAUGUUGACCUCACCUAGCUGGCCUGAAAGCAAGCUUUAGACUGUCCAAAGCCAUUAUAGGCACUUUGAAAGUAUUCCAGAGAGACUCUCCAUGAUAGAGAAAAUGCAGCACUCCCGUACAAAAAGGUACCUAGGGAGCAGAGCUAUGAUGCUAACCGUCAAUCAAGCUGACAGGGCGGGGCUAUGGCCGGAGAGACGGGUGACGGAAAACUGUAAGAAUGAAGAGAUUCUUAAUUCCUUGAAAUAUGUCAGACCUGGUAACGGCUUCGAACCUGGUUUCACCUUGUUCCAAAAAUGUGAAGUCAAUGGGAAAGGCGUUCAUCCAGUCUUUGCUUACUUGAAAGACAAACUCCCUUCUCCAGACGAUGAACCAUCUGGCCUGAUCACUGACCCCAGAUAUAUAGUAUGGAGUCCUGUUCACCGAUCUGACCUGUCCUGGAACUUUGAAAAGUUUCUCAUCGGCCCAGAAGGAGAACCUUUCAAGCGCUACAGUAAAAACUUCCCAACCGUCAACAUAGAACCCGAUAUCCAGAGACUCCUAAAGCUUGCCAAAUAAUGUCACCCUUAUAAUAACAACACUUGUCUUAGGCUGGGUUCACACCACGUUUUUGCAAUACAGUUCCCAUAUACAUUUUCAAUUUGAAAACCAUAUGCCAAAAGAUGCAUCAGGUUGCAUCCUGUACGAUUUUGCCAGUUUUCUUCCUGUACCCAAAACCGUAGCCUACCGGGAUUUUUGGUUCGGGUGAAGAGCCGUAUUGAAGCGUAUACGUUUUUUUUUUUUUAAAACAUUGGAGUCAAUGGGAAUCGUAUGUGCGUACGGUUACAUUUCACCAUACGGUUUUUGACUUUGCACAGUUUUUUUUCUUGGAAUCUCAAUCAAACAAGUAAAACUUUAUUCAUAAUGGAGUGAAAAGUUAAAACGGUAUAGGUCUUUUUUCUUAUGCGUAUACGGGUUAAAAUUUGUACACACGUUUUGAUAGUUUAGCCCGGUUUUGAGGAAUCAGUUUUUCAUCAAAAACCUGAUACAGAAAAUCUAUUGCAACAAUGUGAUGUGAACCCAGCCUUACCUGUAAUUUUGCUUUCCUCUAGUCUGAGGGCAGAACACAAAUGCCAUCAGUGCUGCCCGUGGAGGAAGAGGAAUAACAAAAUUUGUCUAACCUGUAAUUUUGCUUUCCUCUGGUCUGAAGGCAGUACAGAUGGCAUUUGUGUGCUGCCUGAGGACAAAAAGGAAAUCAGUUAUGAACAAAUGACACACAUGUAAGUAGGAGUAAACUGCAAACAACACAAUAUAUAAUAUAUGGCAUUAUUUAUUAAAGUUUAUUCAGAAUCUACACAUACUGAAUUUCCCUCAUAUAUGGCAUUACAACAGUGGCAGCGUUACCAUAGAGCUCUGGGUAAAUGAUGCAUAAAUCUGCGGUGGUUCAGCUCCCGUGUGUGGCAAAAGUAGAAUAUAUUGUCAGUUUCUGAUCCUUCCCUACUGAGUUAAAGGGGUACUCUGUUGGCAAACAAUUGUUUUUAAAUCAACUGGUGCCCGGAAUUUAAACAGAUUUGUACAUUACUUCUAUUUAAAAAUCUUAAUCCUUCCAGUACAUAUCAGCCGCUGUAUACUACAGAGAAAGUUGUG